CGGAUUCUUCCGUAUGCAAGCAGGCUAUUGGCUAUGUUUGCUUGUGCAGUCGCCUUUGAGUGGUUAGUGAGAUUGUGGAAGAAGCUGGGAGCGGUUUCCUGUAUUUCAUCGUCCGUCAGUGAUAUACUUCAUCCUGCCGGCUGAGUUCGGGGAUUAGUAGUGCCAGGCUGCACCAUCGUUUCGCCCUAUACUAGCUGAAAGAUGUUCGCUUGGAAGGACCAGUCCCUGAUAUCUCUCUUUUUCCUAACAGCCCUAUGUUUUCCUCAGCAGGUAUCUUGCCAACACUGUGUCUGGUAUGGGGAGUGUGGCAAAUCAUCAAUAGAAGGUAAACGAUUAAACUGCGCAUACUCUGGGCCUCCUAUCUCCCUGCCUGAGGAAGGACAUGCACUGCUGCAGCAACUUUGCCCAUCACUUUCUUAUGGAAAUAACACUGUCUGCUGUGAUGUCCAGCAACUCAACACCCUCAACAGCAAUCUUCAGCUUCCUUUGCAGUUCCUUUCAAGAUGCCCUUCUUGUUUUUAUAAUUUCAUGACCAUGUUUUGUGAGCUGACCUGCAGUCCCCGCCAGUCAGAGUUUCUGAAUGUUACCAACACUGAACCAUAUGUCGACCCUAGCCCUCAAAGGGCAAAUGAAAGCAUUGUUGCCAUGGAGUAUUACAUAGGAGAAAGAUUCGCUAAUGCGAUGUACAAUGCGUGCAUGAAUGUAGAAGCUCCCUCGAGUAAUGUCAAGGCUUUGGCUUUGCUGUGUGGAAAGGAUGUCAAGGACUGUAAUGCUACUAAUUGGAUUCAGUACAUGUUCAACAAAGAUAAUGGGCAGGUUCCUUUUACCAUCACUCCUAUCUUUUCAGAUGAUCCUGUGACUUCCAUGCUUCCCAUGAACAACGACACCAAGAGUUGCAAUGAGUCCGUGGAAGACGACGGGGCUCCUUGCAGUUGUCAGGAUUGUGCUCUUACUUGUGGCCCUGUGCCUCAGCCUCCAUCACUGCCUCCUCCAUGGCGUAUCUUUGGCUUGGAUGCUAUGGCUGUCAUUAUGUGGAUAGUUUAUGUUGUGUUCUUACUACUCUUUUCUGCAGUCAUUAUUGGAUCAUGGUGUUACAGGAAAAAGAAUAUCGUCUCAGAAUAUGCUCCCAUUGAUAGCAAUUUAGCAUAUUCUGUCAAUUCCACUCCAAUUGCAGGAGAGCCAUCAUGCUGUGAUCGACUUGGUGAAAGACUUGAGAACUUUCUGCGGAUUGGAUUUACAAAAUGGGGUUCAUUUUGUGUUCGGAAACCAUGGAUCGUUAUCUUUUUUUCUGUGCUUCUAAUUGUAAUAUGUUGCUUUGGCCUCAAGUACAUGAAGAUUAUUACUGAUCCUGUUGAAUUGUGGUCAGAUCCUCACAGCCAGGCCCGACAAGAGAAGGAAUAUUUUGAUUCUCACUUUGGCCCUUUCUUCCGCACUGAACAACUGAUCAUCACUGCGCCCAACAGUUCAGUGCACAUUUACUCACCAUAUCCCUCUGGCAGUGAUGUGCCCUUUGGCCCACCUCUAGCAUUUGAUAUGCUUACUCAGGUCUUGGAGCUGCAAGAUGGGAUUGAAAACCUAAAAGCCUAUUACAAUAAUGAGACUGUAAUGUUAAAAGACAUCUGUUUGGCUCCAUUGGCCCCGUACAACAACAACUGCACAAUUUUCAGUGUGCUCAACUAUUUCCAGAAUAGCUUCUCUGUGUUGAAUCAUUCCAUACAGGAUGAUUUCUAUGUUUAUGCUGAUUACCACACUCACUUCUUAUAUUGUGUGCGAUCCCCAGCAUCUUUGAAUGACACAUCAGUACUCCAUGAUCCCUGUCUGGGUACAUUUGGUGGUCCCAUCUUUCCAUGGCUGGUGCUUGGAGGAUAUGAUGAUGAAAAUUAUAACAAUGCCACUGCCCUGGUUGUGACCUUUCCCGUGAUUAAUUUCAGCAAUGACACAGAAAAAUUGAACAGAGCAAAGGCUUGGGAGUUGGAGUUCAUCAAAUUUGUGGAAAACUAUAGCAAUCCCAAUCUGUCUAUUUCAUUCUCUGCCGAGAGAAGCAUCGAAGAUGAGAUAAACCGUGAAAGCAAAAGUGAUGUUACUACGGUUGUUAUCAGCUAUGCAUUAAUGUUUGUCUAUAUAUCCUUGGCUCUGGGUCAGAUUGGCGACUGCAGUAGGAUCUUGGUGGACUCUAAGGUCUCGCUGGGAGUUGCUGGCAUUCUGAUUGUGCUCAGUUCAGUAGCCUGCUCUCUGGGCAUCUUUAGCUAUGCUGGUGUGUCACUCACUCUUAUUGUCAUCGAGGUGAUCCCAUUUCUGGUGCUAGCUGUUGGAGUAGACAAUAUAUACAUUAUUGUGCAGAGAUAUCAGAGAGAUGAGCGCCUUCAUGACGAGACUCUGGACCAGCAGAUUGGCAGAAUUCUGGGAGAUGUUGCUCCAAGUAUAUUUCUGUCCGCUUUCGCUGAAACCGUUGCAUUUUUUCUAGGGGCAUUGUCAUCCAUGCCAGCAGUGCGGACAUUUUCACUCUUUGCCGGGAUGGCUGUGUUUAUAGACUUCCUUCUUCAGAUCACCUGCUUUGUCAGCCUUCUUAGUCUGGACAUCAGACGACAAGAGAAAAAUCGUUUAGAUAUCCUUUGCUGUGUCCCUGGCUGUAACAGAAACCGUGGCACUGACAAACCGAAGAGCUGGCUUUUUAUAUUCUUUAAAAAGUUUUAUGCCCCAGUACUGAUGAAGGAUUGGAUAAGACCUAUUGUGGUAUCCGUUUUUGUUGGAAUCCUGUCCUUUAGCAUUGCCGUUGUCAAUAAAGUGGAAAUAGGUCUUGAUCAAUCUCUCUCCAUGCCUGAUGAUUCCUACAUGCUAGAUUAUUUUGGGUCACUCAGCAAAUACCUACAUACUGGACCUCCAGUGUAUUUUGUGGUUGAAGAAGGACAUAAUUAUACUACAAAGGAAGGACAAGCCAUGGUGUGUGGUGGAGCUGGAUGCAAUAACAAUUCACUGGUGCAAGAGAUCUACACCGCUGCUGGGAUAAGCAACUAUACAAAGAUUGGAUACGCACCUUCCUCUUGGAUCGACGAUUACUUUGAUUGGGUAAAGCCACAGUCUACUUGCUGUCGAUUAUAUAAUGAUACAGAACAAUUCUGCAAUGCUUCAGUGGUUAAUCCAUCCUGCAUGUCAUGCCGGCCCUACACUCCAGAAGGAAAGCGCAAACCAGUUGGAGAGGAUUUUAUGAAGUAUUUACCCAUGUUUCUCUCUGAUAAUCCAAACCCCAAAUGUGGAAAAGGGGGCCAUGCAGCAUAUAGCUCCGCAGUUGAUCUUCUUGACCAGAACACUGAUGUUGGUGCGACUUACUUUAUGACCUAUCAUACAAUUCUGAAAAACUCCACAGACUUUAUUGACGCUAUGAGGAAAGCCCGUAUGAUUGCACAGAACAUUACUGAUAAUAUGGACAUCCCAGAGAAGAAAUACAAAGUAUUCCCUUACAGUAUUUUCUAUGUAUUUUAUGAGCAGUAUUUAACCAUUGUGGAUGACACCAUCUUCAACUUGUGCGUGUCUCUGGCAGCAGUAUUCAUUGUGACAGUGAUCCUUCUAGGCUUUGAGUUCUGGUCAGCCGUCCUCAUGUGCAUCACGAUUUCUAUGAUACUUGUCAACAUGUUUGGGGUCAUGUGGCUCUGGAACAUCAGCUUAAAUGCAGUGUCCCUUGUCAAUUUGGUCAUGUGCUGUGGCAUAUCAGUGGAGUUCUGCAGCCACGUGACCAGAGCUUUUUCAGUCAGCACAAGGGGAAACCGGGUACAACGUGCCGAAGAUGCCCUGGCUCAUAUGGGUAGCUCGGUGUUCAGCGGUAUCACACUCACAAAGUUUGUUGGUAUCGGCGUGCUUGGCUUGUCCAAAUCCCAGAUAUUCAAGAUCUUCUACUUCAGAAUGUAUCUGGCUAUGGUGCUUCUUGGGGCGGCACAUGGCUUAAUAUUUCUGCCUGUUCUCCUUAGUUACUUAGGCCCGCAAGUGAAUAAAGCGAAGGUGCAAGCUGCGCUGCAGAGAGUCCGAGGCACAGAACAAGAACGUCUCUUUAACCAUUGACACGGACACUGCAGAUAGAGUCUGUAUUAGGAAUCCAUUGGUUGUCCCAGGAGUAGCACAUCAACUCUACGUCAACUCAGGAAACGUUUGCUCUCAUACUUCCACUAUGAAAUGUUAGCAACUAAUCCAAGGAUGUGUUUUUGUUUUUUUUCUCUUUUAAUAAGUUACAUUUUGAUAGUGGGGGAUGAGUUUUGUACUGAAGUGGGGGUGGGGGGGUUCUUCCUAAAUGUAUCUGGACACUAGAGUGUUUUGCAAAUGCCAAAUCAAUGCACAUUUUUUUCCCCAAACAAGCUCACCACAGGGGCAGAGUCUAUAUUUUAAUAGUUUGCUACAACAUUAUCUUUUGUAAUGGAACAAGCGCACUGUUUUUGUAGUUUCAGAGAGGAAGCUGCGCAAACGUUAUUAGUGUAAUAAAUGAACUCUAUGCAGUUUUGUACGUAGGGAGAGUCGUAUAUCGGCAAGACGCAAGAAAGCACCGCAUUCAUCAGUGUUGUCCUCUGUGGAAGAAAACAAAAGGAUGUUAAUAAGCUGCGGAAUGACGACGAACGGUACACUCAGUGUUUUUAAUGAAGCCAACACACUUAGGGGUUCUCACCACUUUGAAUUGUAAAGGGAUGGUGAAACUAGACUGUAGCUCAUUAUAUUGUGUAUUCUGUCUGAUCCAGCAGCAUUUAAUGUAUAAAUAUUAACAUUAUUAAUAGGUAGAUUUCUUUUUUUUUUUUUUUUUUAAAUUUCUGCUGUGCAGGAAGCAGUCAGCCCAGAUUUUAUCAAUGGCCAAGAAAACAUGGAAUUUUUAUUCAUAAUAUGUGUUGGUUUUGCAAUAAACAAACUUUUGAAUGUGG